UGCAGCGUCGCAAGUAGGUGCAGCAGCCCGCAGCCCGCCGCGCCUCCGCGAGCCGGGACGGCACUCGGUCCCGCGCGCUCCCCGCCCCGCGCCAGCCCCGCCGCGGCGACCUGCGGCAGCCGAGGACCCCAUCGAUCGGAUACCCGGGGCGCAGCUCGCGGCCGCGAGCAGGACGGGGCCGGGCACUGCGCCUUUGUCCCCGGAGGCUCCGGGAAGUUUGCAGCGGGACGCGCGCGUGAAGGCAGCGUGGGCAGCCCGGACGUCGCCAAGCAGCAUGGGCGUCGGGCGCAGCGCGCGGGGUCGCGGCGGGGCCGCCUCGGGCGUGCUGCUGGCGUUGGCCGCCGCGCUGCUGGCCGCGGGUUCGGCCAGCGAGUACGACUACGUGAGCUUCCAGUCGGACAUCGGCUCGUAUCAGAGCGGGCGCUUCUACACUAAGCCCCCGCAGUGCGUGGACAUCCCCGUGGACCUGCGGCUGUGCCACAACGUGGGCUACAAGAAGAUGGUGCUGCCCAACCUGCUGGAGCACGAGACCAUGGCAGAGGUGAAGCAGCAGGCCAGCAGCUGGGUGCCGCUGCUCAACAAGAACUGCCACAUGGGCACCCAGGUCUUCCUCUGCUCGCUCUUCGCGCCCGUCUGUCUGGACCGGCCCAUCUACCCGUGUCGCUGGCUCUGCGAGGCCGUGCGCAACUCCUGCGAGCCGGUCAUGCAGUUCUUCGGCUUCUACUGGCCCGAGAUGCUCAAAUGUGACAAGUUCCCCGAGGGCGACGUCUGCAUCGCCAUGACCCCGCCCAAUGCCACCGAAGCCUCGAAACCCCAAGGUACAACAGUGUGUCCUCCGUGUGACAACGAGUUGAAAUCGGAAGCCAUCAUUGAACACCUCUGUGCAAGCGAGUUUGCACUGAGGAUGAAAAUCAAAGAAGUGAAGAAGGAAAACGGUGACAAGAAGAUUGUCCCCAAGAAGAAGAAACCCUUGAAGCUAGGGCCCAUCAAGAAGAAGGAGCUGAAGCGGCUCGUGCUGUUCCUAAAGAAUGGUGCCGACUGUCCCUGCCACCAGCUGGACAACCUCAGCCACAACUUUCUCAUCAUGGGCCGCAAGGUGAAGAGCCAGUACCUGCUGACAGCCAUUCACAAGUGGGACAAGAAAAACAAAGAAUUCAAAAACUUCAUGAAGAGAAUGAAAAACCAUGAGUGCCCCACCUUCCAGUCUGUUUUUAAGUGAUACUGGGGUGGACUGGGGAGGGAGUGUGGCUUGGGGUGAGGGUGGGGCCGCGUGGGUGACCCUGGCUCUUGGGGCUCACAUAUUGCUCUCACCCAUUACAGUUGUGGCUUUUGCAUCACACCUGGCUCUGUUCCUACAGCGAUCCCUUUCCCUUCCCUCCAUAGCCACAUCCAGCUAAGGCCACGGCCCUUUAGAUUAGGAAGGCUUUUUUUAAGGGCUGCAGCAGGGCCAGCAAGCACCGUGCAAAAGGAGAGGCAGAAUCCUUUCACUGAGCCUCCGGCACAAAACAAAAAAUGUUUGCCGGUUUGGAAAAAAAAAAAAGAUUACAAAGAAGUGCGGGAGGAUGGCUGCUCAGCUCGACGUUCUGGACAUCAUUACCAAUUACUCGUGGAGUCUAAGCCUUUACAGGUAGAAGAUUUUGAUCAUUGCCAAGCCAGGUUGCUUUCAGUUUGGUAGUAAUCCCCCUCUUUCUGCCUUAGAUAGAAAUAUCACCACCUUUAAAACACACGCACGUGCGCACGGACACACACACACACACACACACACACACACACACACACACACACUUCUGAAAGUAGCCAGGGUAUCCCAGUACAGAAUGAGAUAGAUAAGGGGCUGAAUGGGAGGCCACUGCCUACUCUACCCUCCGCUUUUGAACCAGCCACCUUUGAUAGGAAACUGUAGGUGUCAGAUGGACAUUUUUACUGGUCCAUCGGGAUACAAGGAUGACAGGGACCUGCCUGUAUUAGGAGGAACAUGGGCAUGAAGAGACAUGAGGCAUUUCAGGCUGAGAAGUCAGUGGUUACUAGUUUUCAAAAAUAUAAUGAAAGAAAUGAACAAAUGUAGACUGUCAAGCAGGUCAUGAGUCAGGGUGAUUGGGGAUCCUGUGUGAAUGGUCUCACAUUGUAGUUCCAUCUGUCACAGUUCAAAAAAGAACAGCAACAUAAACAGGAAUAAAAUACACUCUCCAAGGCUUGGAUAAAAGUCCACACUGAGCAUUUAAAAGACUAAUGUCGCUGACUGCCCAAGGCUGCCCUUUCAGUAAGCACACUGUCUGCGCAUGUGCUGUAGAAGGCAACUCUGUCUGCGCAUGUGCUGUGGAGGAGAUGGGUGUGGCAUCAUGGCUGUAUCUAGCUGCCAUAGCUGUGGAAGGAGACCGUAUCCACAGUGCUGCCCAGACUCUGCUUUUCUGCAAGGAGAGCCCUUUUCCUUACACAUGAUUGCUUGUAAUUCAAACAAAUUUAAAAUCGCUGCCUGCCUGAGCCCUCCACCUUUACUUUUGUGUUCCUUCACUCAAUACUCUUUUGAGGCUAAGUGCCCUAUCCAAGAAGAUGGUUUCAAAGGCUAACCAUCGGCAGUUUUCCCAAGUGCCCAAAGGUAUUCCUCAAAGUUGGUAUACUUAAUAAGUGAUGUAAAUAUUUCCGUUCUCUUAGGCAGCCUUACUCCUGUUGUCUGGGUAGGUUUUUUUUUUUUUUUUUUUUUUUUAAUGUUAAUUUCUUCCACCAAAGUCUGAUUAUUCACUCCCCACCACAUCUCACGGGCCACAAUAGCUGUCCCUUUGGCAUACUUAAUCCAGAGUCAGUAUUGGUCGUGAGGAGUCAUGUUGUCUAGUGGCUUUGAAUUGACACAGAAACAGGAAAAUUCUGGUUACUUCUGAAAGACUCCAGCCUGAAAAAUUCACCACAUCAACCUAGUUACCGACCUGAGUGGGGUAGUAACCUAAUUAACUUCAUGUUUAGUAAUCCUAUUAUUUUAACACUUAAGAAUUCUUCCAACCUUAACCAUAACGUUCUUAGGAGCCUUGAGUGAUUUGCCUGUAAUUGUGGAUGAUUUAAAAAUGUGUAUGUGAAUUAAUAAUUAGAAAUAGUCUACCUUCUCAUUGUCCAACUGAAAUGCAAAAUUUCAUGAGUGUGUAGAUCUGGGCCUCGAGCCACUAAUUCAGUGCUUGGUGAGGGUCUGCUCGUUUUUUGGCAAAGUGCAUCAUGCGGCAAGGCCCUCUACGUGGCCUGCGUGGAUUUUUCUGGGGAUGCUUUUCACAGAAUAAAAGGGAGGGCCUGUGCUGAGCAGCUCCAGAUUAGGAAUCCUCAGGUAGGAGGCAGCAUUCUCAGAAAGGAUUCACAAUCAACUGAUCUUUUGAAAGGCAGCGGCUGUCACCCCCCUCCCCCGCUCAGAAUCCCCGGCUUUAGAGGUCCAUUGUGGACCUGUGAGGAUUUCAGACACACACAGAUCAGUUUUGUCUAUAUACUAUGUCAGCAGUUCCAGACAAAAAGGGAGACUAUCUAAGGGCCCAAAGCUCUGUGAUCAGCAGCCUUUGUCCUUUUCAACAAAAGGUAGAACAAACCAAUGUGCAGACUCAUUGGCUUUGUCCCUGGCUUCCAAUGGAGGAGGUCCAUGUGCGCUCUGACCAGCGUUGCUGGUGAAAGGGUCAGAUUUGGAAAGCUUUAAAACAGUCAUUCUGGAGAGUCAGGGAAAGCUAAACCCACCAAACUUUUGGAAACUAUCAGUAGUUAGCUUAGGAAAUAGACUGGGGGAUGGGGCAAGAAUUGUAAGAAUAUUUUACUUUAAAAACAUUCUGUUAUCAAUACUCAAAGCUCAUGGUUGGUGGGUUAGCACUAUGCCCUCCCUGGGGCAGAGUCUAAGCCCCGCUCCAGGCUUCCUAUGAAUGUGUAAAUUACAGAAAUCUUAUUUCCCCAAAGCUAGAACCUGUUUUUCUUGUUAGCCUCCGUGUAACCAGAUGCUCUGUGGUACCUUCAUAGCCGGAAGUGUUUCAAGGUGUGCUUCAGAAUCAAACCCCAGGCCACAUCUCUACAAUGGCACCCCGGCUGCUCUGACCUGGCACUGUGGGUCCCAAGCACAUAGACGGAAUUCCUGUUGGCCUAGUUCCUUCGUGAGGACUCCACUUUAUAGCCUAAGCCUUUUAUAAAAAGCUUUGAAUACUGUGAAGAUGUUUUACAUUCCAUUUCGUUCGUGUUGUUUCUUAACUACAUUUGACCAGAUGUUUUGAUGUUAUCACGUAUGUUAAUAGUAAUUCCCAGAUGUGUUUUGUUUUCAUGCUUUCCCUGCCAUGUAUUCACUUCACUAAAAUCACUCGAUCAAUAA